AUGCUCAGCGUGGCGUCACGAGUGUGAGAUACUGGUUGGUAUCGUUUGAUGUCGCCUCAGCUGCGACCGAACAACGUGCUACGCGCCGCUGCUCCAUUCGAUGCUUAUUUUCAUUGCUCGAUGAUAUCAACAACAAUCAAUUUUAUUCAGUGCAAAUUCGACAAACCUCGCAUUCGGACGCGUUUCCAUUAAGAAUACUCUUUGAGCGCACAGCACAUGUGAGAUAUAUACUAAAGUGAAAAAUAAUCUCUAGCUGGCCGUCGCUUGUCGUACGCUCCACUCCAUAUUCCACGCACCUUCUCUUAUUCAUUCGACGCCGUGUGACGCGUAACAGUCCUAUUUUUAGAAGUGGACUCGCAAAACAAAUCAACGUGCUGCAGUGAACAACCACACAGUGUUUAGCAUUUGUGGGAGCAAUACAAAACAACAAAUGAUAAUACCUCGCUAUUUACAACAACAACCUCGAUAAUUGGACGGACACCAUAUUCCUAUCAUUCCCACAAUUUUAAAGGUAAUCUCGCCUGGGGAUCUGAGAACGCAAAGCCAGCGCCGCCAUCAAAAUGUUCUGGUAAAUUGUGUGUGAUUGACCAAACAGCAACCUGUGGGAGGACGCAUUAUAGCAACUGAAGCUCUCGCCUAGACCCCCACUAAAAUGCAGUCCUAAGAAUUUAAACGCACCUCGUCUAACAGCCGCAGCUACCCCUGCUAUUUCUUAGUGUCGCCCAAAGGGAGUCACUUGGAGGCCUGGAGACAAUUUCAACUCCAUGGUACAUACGUCAAUAAGGAAAACAUGGACUGCGAAAAGUACUCCUUGCGACAGAGAGAGAAGAGGAGACUGAGGCAGGGAGCAAACACCAAGUCGCCAGGAUAUAACAGUGAUAACUCCAGCGAGUGUCUCCACAACAUAUUUCUUUGCCAGAAGACAUCGGCUGGAGCCAAUGCCAAAUUAAAGACGAAAGCAGCACCUCUAAGCAAGUACCGACGGAAGACCGCAAAUGCCAGGGAACGGACAAGAAUGAGGGAAAUCAAUUCAGCAUUUGAAAACCUGAGGCACUGUGUGCCAGCUUGCAUCACCAGCGAGGAUGUAGGCCCAAGUAGCGAAAAACUGACAAAAAUUACAACACUACGACUGGCUAUGAAGUACAUCAAGGUGCUGUCGGAAGUCCUGCUCGAUCCACAGCGACCUGACUAUCGCUCGAUCUGCGACUCAAUAUCUUAUAGGCCUAGCGACAAGGCACCAAACGACAGUAAACGGCGGCAACGAGAAAAAAGUGAAGACCAAAAGCCAAAUGCUGCAAAAACAAGUUCGGUAGUGGGAAAGAGACGCGGGAAGAAAGGAAAACUUAUUCAAUAUGAUGAAAGCGAAUCGACGCUUAACCACCCUUGUUUUGAAACAUCACCCUCCUCGAAUAGCUCAUCAGCUUAUGCCUCCCUAUCACCCUCCUACGAGUCUUCAGCUUCUCCGAGUUCAAAUUAUUCGCAUGGUUUUGAAAGCAACAUCAUGGGCCACAAUUGCAAUAGCUCCCACUGUCGGAAGUCCACGUCCGAUUUAAGUACUUUUAUGUUGGAAUCAGAUGGGGAAUCACUGAAUCCCUCGGAACGAUGGCCUAGCCCACUGCGCUCCAGUCGCAACGUACCUUCAAUGCCAAACGAUCUUUUUGAAUGUUCGCCCAGCGACAUGCCCUCUUUAGAGAAUCCACUUGAACUCAGCUUACGUUUAAUGGAACCGCCCACCGAUUCUGUAGCAUUCUCACCAAUCCGCGUGCCCUGCUCAAAUUCGCCCUGCCUAGCUCCUUUAAUGAACUUUGAAUCCUUCGACCUAUUCCACCCGGACGACAUCGGCGACCAUGGAGCUCUCGACCUGUUUCUAACAUAACUACACCCUAAAACGUAAACUAGCUUAACAUACACAUGUAAUUACUUAGGAUUAGUUCCACCAUUACGCAAGUCGGUUGUUAUUUCACUAACGGUUAUUGUUUACUUCAUUGUCCUUUUAUACAAAUAUUUUAUACUAUUAUAUAAGCCAAAUAAUACUCGAAUCUAACCUCACAACAACUAAUUAUAAUUUUUUACAUGAGUUCAAUAAAACUAGAAACGGCGUACAGUGUUAAAUAAAUUAAUUAAAUUAUUUAAAACUUGAAA